AACCUUUUCCACUGUGGUUAGAGCAGGGUUUGGUGAGAAAGACCAGCUGGGGGGUGACAUCGGCUCUUUGGGUUGAAAUUACAGACAGUUUUAAACAUUUUUGUAGUUUUGUUUGGUGAAAUUUGUCGCCAUGUCCAACAACAAUGCCAGCAACAACUUGAUCAUCGCUCACAGGGCCGUCAAGCAGCUGAGGUUCGAGGCCAGUAUCCGCAGGAUCAAGGUGUCCCAGGCUGCUGCUGAUCUAAGGAACUUCUGUCUCCAAAAUGCCUCCAAGGACCCUCUUCUGGUGGGGGUCCCGUCCAGUGAUAAUCCCUUCAGACCCCCCAAAUCCUGCUCCCUGUUUUAAAGUAGACAUGAAGAUACUCCUGACAUUUCCACUGAAGUCCGCUUCCACCUGUUGUACAGACCUACCAGCAGCACUCACAGGAGACCGGUCAAGCCUUUGCCAAAAUUAAUGGUAUAAAAUCUUGCAUCUGUUACAUUCAGACUUAUAUUUUAUGUUAUUCGUAUUAUGGACACCAACUUCAUGAAUUGUUGAGCAAUUUAUUUUUUCUUUGCAUAUUCUUUACACAGUGAUGCUAAAUCAAUAGACACACUACAUAUCUCAGCCAUCAGCAAGAAAUUAUUUAAAUCAUGUGAUGAAUAAACACAAGAUUUUAUUGUAAAAACACUACUAAAAUGGCAGCCAGCAUUUAGCGUACUGCCCACCUAUUUUAUCUACAACUUUUAGAUAUAUGGUACACACCAAGACACACGAUUGUAAUUGUUUGGAUGUCUGUUUUGUCUGUCUGUAUUUAAUGUCAUGUCAAAAUGAGCUUCUUUGUUAAUGUCUUUAAUUUAACAAACACAUAAAAGCCUUAAACAUUAUGCAUAAGGUUGCGCAGAUAUUGCCAAAUGUUUGACUGUGAUAUUAUAUUUAUUAAAUCAGGCCGCAACCAAGCUGUCAAUAGUGUACACUGGAGUUCACCAGUCAACCCAAAUAUUUGUCUUUAACUUCUGAGCUGACAACAUUUUAGAAAAUAAACUGUAUUACACACACUAGAUUCUGUGUUUUCACAUAAUUUGUGUCAUUUGCCAAUUGGUGUGAAUCUCUGUGAAUCUUGAUGAUGCUCACGUGUGAUCUCAUCUACAUGUUUUAGAACUUUUUUGUCAACUUCCAACAAUCUAGGUAAUCAUAAGAAAAACUUAAAGGCCUGUCAUAUGCUCUAAUAUAUUCUAAUAGCGCCAGCCCAACCUGCAAGUCUGUGUGAAUCAAAGUGCAUGAUACGUUUAGGACCACAUCAUGGGACUAUUAUAAAAGAUGGAAAUGAAAAAUGGCCUUCUUUGAUUAAUUCUGGUGUAUUUACAGAAAUGUCAAUUUAUAUGUACUGUCCCUGAAAUGUAUAAAUAAAUCACCUAUUUUGGUUAUGUUA